AUGGCUACCGCUCGUUCUUUGGUGAGGUAUCAUACUACCAAAGAAUUGGAAUCUUUUAUGUUCUCAAUUGGGUUUGUCCCUGACCAUGGGAUUCAAAUUCCUCUUCCCGAUGCGUCGCUUUAUAGUACUCCCGAGGGAAAAGUUGGCAUUCCGAUUACCUUAUUCGAAGCGGGUCUCCGUUCACCCACUACAGACUUCUUCAAUCUGAUCAUCCGUGAAUAUGGGUUUUCUGUGAGGGAGAUGACCCUAAUAGCCAUAAACAAGAUUGUGGGCUUCGAGCUUCUUUACCGUGCUCUAGGUCAUCAACCAACUGUUCCAGCAUUCAGGUAUUUCUUCAACGCCUCUACCCAGUCUGGCACUCGGACCCUCUCUCGCAGCGGGUAG